AUUAAAUACUAAUUACUAUUAACUAUGAUAAGAUGAUACCAAAGUUGUGCAAUUUCGUUUUAAACAAAACGAAUUUAUGUCGUAACACAUCUCACGUAAAACAUUACUUGAAUAGUUGCAGAUUUUUAAAUAGUUCUGUUAAUAAAAGUGAAAAGGUUAAUAAAAAUCUAAGAAGUACCGUUUAUUAUAUAGCUGGAAUUGGUGUUUUGUGUGUGGGGCUCAGCUAUGCGGCUGUACCCUUGUAUCGAAUGUUCUGCCAGGCGACUGCAUACGGUGGAACAACAGGAGUCACCCAUGAUGCUAGUAGUGUAGAAAAUAUGAAAGCAGUACCUCAUAGAGUUAUAAAAGUUAGAUUUAAUGCUGAUAUUAGUUCAUCUAUGAGAUGGAACUUUAAGCCUCAGCAAACAGAAAUUAAGGUUGUUCCUGGUGAAACAGCUUUAGCAUUUUACACAGCAACAAAUCCAAGCGACAAGCCAGUUAUAGGAAUUAGUACUUACAAUGUGGUUCCCUUCGAAGCCGGUCAAUACUUCAACAAAAUCCAAUGCUUCUGCUUCGAAGAACAGCAAUUAAAUCCUCAUGAGCAAGUCGACAUGCCAGUAUUUUUCUAUAUAGAUCCAGAAUUUGCAGAAGAUCCCAAAAUGGAGCUCGUGGAUUUGAUAACACUGUCAUAUACAUUCUUUGAGGCUAAAGAGGGCAUGAAGCUGCCCAUACCGAAUUAUUUUAAGGGUCAUAAUGCUAAUAAAUAAUUGUUAUAAAG